CACGAAGUUUCGGGAAAAAUACUCUCCUUCACCUUUCCUUCAAGGUUGAUUUGGAUCGUGGUCAUCCUCGGAGACCCAGGGGCUAUGAGUCGAUUUCAAGUUAAGGGCAGAAGGCUCUUCUGCCCUUGAAAUUGACUCAGCCCCUGGGUGUCCGAGGAUGGAUCGUGGUAGGAAUAGAGAGGACCCUGGAAACGAGGUUGAUUUGUAUUUAGAACUUCGUCUGUUCUCCAAAACAUGGCGGACAACGGUGAGGAUCAUACUUGUUCAGAAUGUGGGAAAAGUUACAACAAGAAAUGGAGGCUUGAGGAGCACAAGAGGUCCCAUACAGGAGAGAGACCUUUCAAGUGUGAGUUUGAAGGAUGUGGUAAAUCCUUCAUCAGACCAUACCACCUGAAGCGUCACUCGUUGAUCCACACAGGGCAAGAAAUUUUCAAAUGUUCGUACCCAGGCUGCACACAAACUUUUUCCCUCAAGCACAAUUUGCAGAGACAUGAGAAGAGGUCGCAUAACAAACCAUUUAAGUGCCAUUACGAGGGAUGCGAUGAGUCUUUCAAGAAAAGUAUUCAGCUCAAGAGACACAUUUGUAUUCACACAAAUGAAAAGCUGUACAAGUGUCAUGUGGAAGGCUGUGGCACUGGGUUUCAUACUCUAUCAAAGCUUCAGAAUCACAUGAAGAAGCACAACAUAGGAUACAUCUGCAGUACACCAGGAUGCUCUGCAGCCUUUGACAAAUUUUCAAAAUUAGCAGUGCACAUGAGAAGUCAUGGGGUUUCUUGCAACCAUUGUGGCAAAAACUUUUCACAAGCUUCGGAGCUCAGGAAGCAUGCCGUUAUACACAGUACGACUCGGAAACUGUAUGAAUGCCCCAGAGAGGGAUGCUCAAAAGUUUAUUUGAAGGCCUUUAACCUCAGAGUGCACAUCAAAUCCUUCCAUGAGGGCCACAGGCCUUAUCUGUGCACAUGGGAAGGCUGUGCAAAAGGAUUCGCCCAUAAGAAUUCUCUAAGAAAGCAUCUGGUGCUCCACGCAGAAAGAAGAAUAAAGCCAACACCGUCUCCUCAAGAUCAAUCGCUGCCUAAGAAGAAAAAGAAGAGGAGAAAGCCCCUGUCAAUGGCCAAAAAGCUUAGUGGAUAUCGGUCCUCCUUCUCAGAAAGCUCCGACACCCAGUGCAUGGAUACAGCGCCGAAAAAGAGAAAAACGUCAACUGCUCAGUCUAGGAGGAAUGAAACGGGCAGCAUCAACCAGACUGAUCCAAAUGUGAGGCAAGAUCUAAACGUGCAACAAACUGAUCUCAACACGAGUAAUUUAGACGGCAUCUCCGAAUUAGCGAACAUGGCGUCUACGUCUCUUACUUUUAUUUCGGAAAGUACGUUAGUGGCAACGGCUCAAAUUAACGAUGCCACUGUGAACUCCGAAACAAAGGGAAGGUCUGAGGAAGCUCAAGGUCGGGAUAACGUAGUGGACGACUCCUCGGUCUCGUUGACUCCGUGUGAUGACUUUGUAACAUUGCCAGCCGUGGAUAGAAGAAGAUCCGAUGAACUGCAAGGUGAUGUUACUUCACAUCUUUCGGCAAACAACGGUAUUGAGCAAAACGCAGAAACUUUUUCAGGUGAUGGUAGCAUGUCUCCUUUCUCUGAGUAUGAAGAAGAAUUGAUGGAUUUUGAACCAGCUGUUGGUGACAAUUCCGAAGCCAAUUCCCCUUUUCCGCGCAAAUCUGAACCUACAACUGACUUUGUAGAGCCGUUUGAUUUUGUAGAAGCUUCAAGUGACCAACAGUCGUCCGCUGAUCAAGUUCGAAAGAAUGCUGAGGCUUCGCCAUUUAGAAUGGACGCGGGAAUUAUCUCGACUAUGAUGACUGCUGUACGCGUAAAUGAUUUAUUGGGAGACAAUAAAUCGAGUUGUGCGACCUCGUCCGCGGUUUCCAGGCCAGUUGAUCAAGCGAAAACUUGUGGAACAAAUAAUACUCAAAACAUUGGUGAUAAAGGAAUUAUGGAAUCCAAUGACAUCUGUUCGUCAAUGACCGGUUAUACAAACAAUUCUGACGUAUCAUGCUCUACAUCAGAGGACAUAGCUUCGGUUUCGCAGCCUGGGCCAUCUCUUGGUGAUGAGAAUACCCUAGAUGAGAACAGUGUCAGCGACAAAUUUGCAAGCGUGACAAGGGUCACAGACUUCCCGGUUAUGAACGAUGUGCUUCAAGUUAUUACCGAAGAAGAAGAAAACGAACAUGACAGCAUUCGGUGUAAAAACAUUACCUACACUGCGAGUGCUGAUAAGAGAGUGAUGAUGAGGGUGGAUGACCGUCGGGCGGAUGAUGCUGGCUGCAGAGGGGACAGUUGUAUCGAAACACGGUUGAUAAGCCCAACCGUCCCGGAGACGGAAAUCCAACUCGGAAACGACGGAGAAGGAGAGUUAGUGGAAAACCAAGACAUGGUUGGUGAUAGUUUCAAUGGGACUUCGCAUCACGAUGAUUUCGACAGCGAUGAAGAGGACAUGGUUCUUUCCGAACUGGUAAAACGCUUACGAGGUUCUAGCGAGUACAAGACACAAGCAACACGUGAGAGAGAACACAAGGAAAAAAGCUGUUUAACUAGUUCAAACCAUGACACGAGACAAGGAGAUAAACCACAUGGUCUAGCACGUGAAGAAGGUCAGAGUGAGGGCGAGACGACUGAUAUUAGGAAAAAUCAGCGGAUGAAGAAACCACAAAUUGACUCAACCCGUGCCAGUAACAGUGUGAACGACUCAAACUCCACGGCAGAAGUUAAUCUAGACAAAAAUACGGUUGGAGUGAUAUCAGACACACUUGAACGGUUUUCUAAGCCGAAUACAAAGCAUAAAAGUAACAAAAAACAUGGUGUCCAAUUAACCGCGAACAAGUCCACCGUGUGCACCCAAACAAAACCUUCAGCCCCUCGGAAACAAAAGUCUCCAAAGGGUGUCAAACAGACUAAUGGUAACAACUGUAAAGGUGACAAUCCUGGCACAAGUAGGUAUUCUUAUAUAAUUGCGGACAAUAAAGAUAAACUUGACGGGGACGUCUCCAAGGCCAAGUUCCGAUCUAAAGACAACAUUUUUUCCUUUGAUGAGCAAACGUUGCAAUUGUUGUGGAAUUUUAAAGGGAAGUGACUGCAAGAGUUUUUGAAGCUGCCAAUAGUGAGUCACUGUGGUUGCUCACUAGAAGUUUCGAGAUCAUUAUCUGGCGUCCUAUCUCUGGCAGUCCGUUGGAAGACCAAACACUUGUUACUCUAUCAUUGAGGAAUCGACAUGUUUCAGGCGCCUUGUUAUAUAAUGUCGACAUAUAUCAGUUUCUCUGUUUAGAUCGAAAACCGAGCUGACAAUGCGAAUUACAUGUUAUUUCACUGGAUUUAUUGACAGUCAAUAACAUGCAUUAUCGAUGGAGCUUUCUUCCCUGUUUUGAUCCCUGACCGCCGUUCAUGACAACAGCAAAUACAGAAGAACUAUUAGAUCUAUAAUUUAAAGCCUUUGGGAUACGGAUGAUUGCUAUUGUUGUAGGACAGUGAAAACUUGAAAAUGUUGAAAACCACCACAUCUAGGAAUGCAAUCAAACGUUCAUUGUUUCAUUUGCUGUUUUUAAGGAUUUAAGCUUUAUCGGCUAAUGAUGAGCAACGCAAUUUCUGUUCAACUUAGGCAGACGAACAUUUUGUGAACAAAAUAAUUUAUAUUUAUUUAUUUAAAUGUAUGACAUUAGAGGUAAAAAAAACCAAAAAAAAA